AUGGCAGCAUCCUUCGUCCUCGCGGUAGUACUGUCCUUGUACGGAUGCCUUUUCUGGGCGUCAGGUGCUCACGCGCAGAGCGUCAUCUGUGUCCUCAACGCGGGUGAUAUUCGCGGCAUCGUGCAGUUUGCUCAGUUAAACGCUACCCAUGUUCGGGUCUCUUUCAAUGGAAGCGGCAUUCCGGAGGGCAUCCACGGUUUUCACGUUCAUCAGUACGGCGACAUCAGCACAGGUUGCGCCGCCGCCGGUGGCCACUUCAACCCAGAUUCCGUCAACCAUGGUGGUCCUGACAGUCCUGUAAGACACGUCGGUGACCUGGGCAACGUUGAGGCGGACCGCCACGGUGUGGUUACCUUCAGCCGCGACGAUUCCUACCUGCAUCUCAGCGGAGAUCGGUCCAUCCUUGGGCGUGCUAUUGUCCUCCACGCCGACCGGGAUGACCUCGGCCUCGGUGGCUACCCGGACAGUCUCACCACUGGUCACGCUGGGGCUCGCAUAGCGUGCUGCGUCAUCGUCUACGCCAAAUAA